AUGAGAAUCGAUAGAUUUAGUCAUCAUUAUUGUGUUUACAAAAGUAUUAAAAGUAGUAGUAGUAGCGGCGGGAAUGAUUAUAAACAACAUGUUGAACUCUCAAGGCUUAACUACUUGUCAGAUGAUAACAGCGAUAUGAUGGAUUGGAAUGAACAUAAUGGUGGUAGUGGUGCUAAUACCACUACUACUACUACCAAUCUUGGAAACAGUAAUAAUAAUAAUAAUAAUAACAAUAACAAUGGUAGAAGAAAGAAAAAGAAUAAAAAGAUUAGAAACAAUGCGAUUAUCACUGAUAAUGAUGUGGAUAGUUAUGAUGACGAUGACGAUGAUAGUUAUGAAUAUGAUAAUGAUAACAAGAGUGGUGGUAACGAUAGUAGUAAUAAUAGUAGUACCAACAGUAGUAUUGAUCUAAAUAAUAACAACAGUAAUGUAAAUUUAAGAAAAUCAUCAGCAAACAAUAGCAAUAAUAUACAUCCAACUAGAUAUCAAAAAUUGGGUGAAGUAGAUUCUUCAUUGUUGUACGAUAGUGAUAAUGAAGAUGAUUACAGUCGUGGACGUAAUAGCAGUAGUGGUAGAACCAAUAAUCCGUUUAGACAACAGACAAAGCGACAGUCGUCCAAGUACAACAGUAACGGCUAUGGCGUCAGUCACAACUUGGAAACGAUCAGUGGAUUCUUUAUCUAUAUCUAUCACACUCUCAGAUACACAAUAGUCGCAGAUUUACAAGUGGCAAUCAGAUAUGUUCAUAAAAACUCAAAGAAGAACCUAAAGAGUAUAUUAAUGGGUUUAUUAACUGUAUUCCUUGUAGUAAUGUUUAUAAGUUUUUUACAAAAUUUAAUUCAAGCAUCACCUAUUGUAUUUUUAAAGUUAUCAGAGGAUCAAGCAGGUGAAUGGGAUCUGUUGAUUACGGGUGAUCCUUCACUUGGUUCAGCGGUGGCCAAUAACAACACUCUGAGUGGUACAGCAGCCGAUGGUGUGCAUACCACCUCUUCGAAAAGAUCAGCAUCAUUUAAUAUAGCUGCCGAUUCUUCAUCGUUUGAUUCCGAUUCUUCUUCGUCUAAAAUACCACAUCCCAAUUUGGAUCAUAUAAUUGAAUCUCCUCUACUGAUACAUCAUUUAAACAACAACAACAACAAUAAUAAUAAUUUACAAGCAAACUCAAGUGGAGUCAAUCCUUUGAGUAUGCUUAGUGGUGUUUCCGGUUUAUUCUUAAACUCUACGGUUCUGACGAAAAAGUUGGCCACUGCCAGUAUGGUACAUGGAGUUGCGCCACGUUGGUUGUCUUUGGCAUCGGUGAUGACAAAAUCCACCAAUAUAUCGGCGUCACUUAUUAUGCUGGUGAUGAAUUCGACACUGGAGAAGGAUAUGGGACUGGGUCGUGGAUGGGAUCACCCACCUCUCAAAGACAACCAGGCACACAUCUCAAGCUCCUAUCUACGUAGAAUCGGGGUGGAACCAAACAAGAAUCAAUCGGUUAAUCUACACGUUGAUUUUGUCGAUGUUUUGCAGCGACUUGGCUCCGACUCGAUUCCUUCGCUCGACCAAGUGAUGGCAAUGGUUUCCAACUAUCUGGGAAUUCCCAUUCCCGGACGACUCGAUAUCACUUUUGAAAUGAUUUUGCUCAAGAUGCGAUACCCCAAUAUCGUUCAGGAAUUGAAAGAUGUUCUAGGCGAUGGAAUCAGCUCCGAUGGUAACUUCCUCUAUCCACCACUGAUCAUCCAAAACUUUUACAAUGAUUUCCGACAGGAACUGGUCAUCGAUCAGACACUGGUUGUGAUGGACGGUAUCGAUUCACCAGGUGGUAAAUAUCCAUCUAGUUUAGGAAAUGUCGCUGUACUAGAGAGUUCCUAUAUUGACAAAGUUGUAAAGUCGAAACUUCAAUCGAUGAACUCGAAAUUCUUUGGUAACAUUUCCACCAUCGAAACACUACUCAAAGCAAUCAUCCCGCUAUACAAUCCUAAACUGAAUGUAACCGAUAUACUUACUCAAAUCGAUAGUUUCCGUUAUACAUUUGGUAAUUUUACAAAUAAUUUUAAUUUAAAUGAAUAUUCAAUGGCAUCGAUUGUAAUGUUGGAAAAUAGAGUUAAAAUCUAUACUUCUGAAGAUCCAAAGAACUCAUUGAUUGCUUUUACCAAUCAAGUAGCUAUGCAUAUUGGAUAUAGUUAUCCUGCUUUGUUCACUACACCUUUGGCUGCAGCACUUGGUGUUUUCCAAUAUACGAGAUUGUCUUUGGAUCAGGUAUUCAAUUGUGUUGCUGCGGUGCUGUUGGUUCUAGGUGCACUUAUGAUCUACAGUUUGCUGCUGAGUGACGUCGAGGGUAAAACCUUUGAGUAUGGUAUGCUUCGUGCACAGGGAAUGCGUCACUACGCUCUGAUCAUCCUGCUGUUGACACAGGCACUCUACUUUAGUGUACCGGGCAUUGCUUUUGGUUUGUUCUUUGGUUGGGUAUGCUUUGCUAUUGUUGCACACUUUGUCUAUCAGUUUGUUAUGCUCCCAGUGGAUCUGACAUUCUACACAAUCGCCAUUCUCUCGGGUGGACUCAUGGGUUUGUGUCUGCCGAUACUCGCCAAUAUCGCACCGAUUCAGCGUGCUCUCAGUCGUACGCUGCGUGACGCUCUCGACGUCUACCACCAAGUAAAGAAUGAGACAAUGGUGAAGAUCAUGAAGUUGGAGGAGAUUGGAUUCGAUCCACUCCAGACAGCACUCUCAAUCUUGGCAGUGGUCGUUGGUUUCACAGUGUACUACUUGAUUCCACUGUCGUUCACAUUCAUGAACUACUCGCUGUUCUUUGCCAUCCUAACCGGUAUUCUUUUGGGUAUGUUGUUUGGAUUGGCAAUGUUGGCACAGGCUGUCCAAUCGCAUUUGGAAAAGCUAAUCUGUUUCCUAAUGAUUUGGGGACCGGACCGUCGUACACUCUACAAUCUCGUGCGAAAGAACCUUGCCUCUCACUCGGGAAGAAACGCAAAGACCGCCACAAUGUUCACCAUUUGUUUGACUUUUAUCAUUUUCACUGGCUGUGUAUUCCGUCUCCAAGGUUACAAUAUUCAGGAACUUGUAAAGCUUGGCGUCGGUUCCGACAUUGAUGUGGUAACGACCAACACCAAAUUCCCAUUGCCCGAAACAGAUCUACGUGGUUUCCUAGACAAUGAAAUUUUCAACAACUCGGCAACCACCGCCGUUGAAUCGUAUUCAUUCGUAACACUUCCACUGGAUCAUGUCAUGAAUAUACGUUCAACCUACAUGAACACGCUCGCCGGUUAUCCAUGGACCUAUGUUAAAGUCUAUGGAAUCGAUGAAAACUAUCUGGCGUCGACCUAUAUAAACUUUUUAGACGUAACCCAAACCAAUCAAAGACUAUCGUUCUCAACUGUACCCGGAAGCACCUCUCAGAGCGCCAGAGAAUACGUAGUAAACAGCUGCAAGAACUUUAUUAAAUCCGAUUCUAUCAAUGUCAUCGAUACUGCCUUCCUGUUGGACUCGACCGACACUGCCAUCACACUGUUGAACAUCUUUUUCUACACUGUCUCGGCUACAUCGAUCAUUCUUUGUUUCUUUAUGUUGUGGGUGUCAUUCGCUUCGAACAUCCACGAAAACUCUUGGGAGUUUGGUGUGUUGCGUGCCAUUGGACUCACCACCAAUCAAGUGAUUCGUAUCUACAUCUACGAAGCACUGGUACUCAUCUUUUCAUCGGUUAUUCUCGGACUGAUCAUCGGUCUCGGAGUAGCAGUCACCCUAACGCUUCAACUCAAUCUCUUUACUCAACUGCCUUUCUCAUUCCAAUUCCCAUUCGGUUUAUUCUUUGGUGUUUUCGGUGCAUCCAUUGUCAUGGCAGUUCUCGUAUCAAGACAAGCAUCAAAAGAAUAUUCAUCAAAACAAAUUGCAUCAGUAUUAAAAGGCAAAUAA